AGAGGAGGAGCUAGGAGGAGGAAGGGCUCAAUUUCUAAUUUUAAUUAAUUAAUUAAUUAAUUAAUUCUUCCCUAUGCACGCGCAUCAAAGUGGCGAACCCACACCAGUCGUCGUCGGCGGAGGGCGAUGAGGAGGCGGAGGCGGCGAUGAGGUUCGCGCCGGCAAUGUCGCCCGAGGACGAACUGCUCUCGGCCUACCGCCGCGGCUGGGAGCUGUCGGCCAUGGUGUCGGCUCUGACGCACGUCGUGUCCGGAGAACAGACCGGCAGGCGACAGCCGCCGCCAGUCGUAGUCGAUGCCCUGUCGGUGGCCUCCUCUCCGUCGCCGUCCUCGUCGUCGUCGUCCCACGUCACGUCCGUGUACUCUCCGCCGUCGUCUUUCGGCGGUAGCCGUCGAGGCGGCGGAGCGAGUGCGGCGGCGCCUGAAUUGGCAUUGAGGUACUACCACCGAAGCUCGGCCGCCGAUCAGCCGAGAAGCUAUCGGGGAGAGGCAUCGCAACUUGCUGCUGCUGCUGCUGCUGUUUCAGAGCAGAGCCCACGAGGAGGCCUUCACCGGAUUCUGAUUCCACAUCCAGCUCCGGCGACCAUGAACGCGCCAGAGGCCUCCCCUGCUUCGUCUGAAGGUGAAAGGCCGACCGAGCGCCGGAAGUACCGCGGCGUCCGCCAACGGCCUUGGGGGAAAUGGGCGGCGGAGAUCCGCGACCCCGUCAAGGCGUCCCGCGUGUGGCUCGGCACCUUCGAGACGGCGGAGGAUGCGGCGCGAGCCUACGACGAGGCCGCGCUCCGUUUUCGCGGUAGCAGGGCCAAGCUUAACUUCCCCGAGAACGUCGUCCAGCUCCCGGCGGCCGACUCGGGCGCCCGCGCCCCGACGCAUGACCCGGCGACCGCGAGGGACUACUUGGCCUACUCCCGGCUGCUGGAGGGGUCUCCGUCGGAUGCUCGUCGGGAUCAUCAAGCUGUUUUCGGUAAUUACGGCACGGUGGCGAGCGAGAGCGGCGGCUCGAUGCAGUCGCACUCGUUCCCAGCUUCCUCUGUUUCGUCUUCAUCUUUUUCUCCGUUCCACGCUUCCGAUCAGGCGAUGAACUGGGGCGGAGAGAUGGCAGAGUUGCCGGAGAGUUCUUGGAUGGAUUCCAGCCAGUUUCCACCUCCAUCUUCUUCUUCUGGAUAGCAAUUGAAUUCAGUGUUCUCAGCCACCACACGCUUUCUCCUCUUCUCUCCCCUGUUUCUUAUUUCGUGUUCUUGAAUAAUCAUGUGAGAUCUUCUAUUAUUUUCCUUGUUCUUUUUUCGUUCUUAAUAUUGCUUCAUCGCACCUCAAAGUAAUUUUUUUUUUUUUAAAAAAAUAGGAUU